CGUUUCUGCGCAGUGAGUUAUAUUCGCUCCAGCCAGAAAGUGAAUUUGCAGAGAGAUUGCUGAUGAGGUCUUACCCUGAGUUUCACAAGCGAUGAGUGGAAUUAACGUUGACCCAAAUGCGGACUCUGCUUCAGCUCAAGAAAUAACAACAGACGUCUCAGAACGAAUGCUAGACCUAGAUGAAGAUGACGACUUGGAAGUUUUCAGCAAGGAUGCAACACUGGCUGAUGGGAGUCUCUUCAAUUCCUCCAUGCCCACCUCUCCAGCUUCCAUGAUCAAUCAGUUUGAAGAGGAUGCAGACGAAAAAGACAUUUUUGUCACCGUGGAUAAUCCAGAGAGUCAUGUGACAGCCAUAGAGACAUUCAUCACAUACAGGGUCUUAACCAAGACCACACGGAGCGAGUAUGAUUCCUCUGAGUAUGAGGUCCGUCGACGCUAUCAGGAUUUCUUCUGGCUUAAAGGCAGAUUGGAGGAGGCCCACCCCACGCUCAUCGUUCAUCCUCUCCCAGAGAAGUUUGUGAUGAAGGGCAUGGUGGACAGGUUCAAUGAGAUCUUCAUUGAGACACGCAGGAAUGCUCUUCACAAGUUUCUCAAUAGGAUUUCCGACCACCCCAUUCUGUCCUGCAGCGAGGACUUCAAGGUUUUUCUCACUGCACAAGCCUGGGAGCUCACCUCGUACAAGAAGCAGGGCCCCGGCUUUCUGAGUAGGAUGGGGGACACAGUCAGAGCUAUGGCCGCCACCGUCAGAGGUGUGAAAAACCGCCCGGAGGAGUUUACCGCCAUCGAUGAGUACGUGGACACUUUCAGCCAAAAAAUCACCUCACUGGACAGAGUCGCACAGAGGAUCCUCAAAGAACAGAAGGAGUACCUGGAGGAACUGAAGGAGUCUGCCCCUGUGUACACGCUCUGGUCUGGGUCCGAGGAGGAGCUGGUGGAUCCCCUCAAGGGCGUGGCCGGGUGCAUCGAGAGAUGCUGCCGUGAGACUGAGGAGCAGGUCGCCCAGCUGUCUGAGAACCUGGUGCCAGCCCUGCACGAAUACGUCCUCUGUGCAGACACCGUGAAGGCCGUACUGAGGAGAAGAGACAAUAUUCAGGCUGAUUUGGAGGCAAAGAGUGACGCACUAGCCAAUAAGAUGGCAGAGAAAGACGAUGACUCUAAGGUUCUGGGUUUGGUUUUUGCGAGCUUCCUUGGCAAAAACCCAGAAGAAGCCAAGCAGGAGAAGGAGCAGAGACUCGGUGUGGAAAUCGAAGAGCUUAAGGAAGAAAUUGAUAAACUGGAAGAUAAAAUGGAGUUUGCCAACAAUGCCUUGAAAGGAGACUGGGAGAGGUGGCAGAAGAGCAUGAGGGGAGAUAUCAAGGCCGCCUUCAUGUGCACUGCUGAGAAGAAUGUGGACUAUUACGAAAAGUGUCUGGCAGUGUGGGAGUCCUUCCUCCUGUCCCAGAGACCUGACCUCAGCUCUGAGAGCAGCAGAGAGCCACCCUUGGCCCUGCAGGAAAUUGCCAAAGACCCAGCUUCGCAGGCCAGCUAAAGAUGUUCCCAACCCCCGCCCACCCACCUCCAUUCAUUUUUUCCAUGAUAAUAUCUCUGACAAUAUUGCCUUUGCCAAGGCUUCUCUGCAUAUCUCUGCCUCGGGGUUUAGGAGUGACUCAAUACAUUGAACCAAGAUGCAGUUAAUUUACCAGAAUGGGCUUUGAAGAAUAUCUGCAUUCUGUACUAUCUAUGACUGCCUUCAUAUCGUAAUGAAAACUACGAUUAACAUAGCCCUGCUUUACAGUCCCUGACAAUGGGGGUAAUGUGCCAUCUGUUUGUUUUUAGCUGAUACACCCCCUUUUAUUUAUCAAUAAUGGCCUCAGCCAUUAAAUUGCUUUUUUAAUGCAUACCUUUUUGUUAUACGCUGAAAUCUGUCCUGACUAUAAAAGGCCAUUGAUUUUAUAACAAUGGUGGGAUGAACAUUUUUGCCACCGGAUGCAUUGUCAACAUUUUAUAUGUUUUCAUUUUGUUUAUCUUGCAUCUUAUAUCGAACAUGGAAAUGAGCUGAAUUGCUUUAUCUCAAAUGCUAAAAUUUUCCAGCCUGUUGCUUAUCCUUCUACCAGCUUAUUAAUAAAAACGAAUUAAGGAGUCGGGCUACACUGCGGAGAGUGGCUGUAUCUGAGAACCAAAAACAACCCUGGACCUCCUGCACAUGUGGUGUAGCUUAAUCCCUUUAUCCCUGUUUCAAGCACUAGCUAGGGAACUCUUUUUACCAUACCUCUGGCUCUAAUGAUAUAUGGGUUUAUUAGGAGUAUUUGGUCAUUUACUAUAUUGCGCUUCCAAAGAAGUGGUUAUGAAACAACCCAUGCUAAUGCACUAAGUGUCUUGAAGAUUCAAUGACAAAUCUUAAACUUGACUAGUUUAAUAUACUUGAUUCAGUUUCUGAUUGACCAGUCCCAAGAUUUGCGACAGGGCUAGGUGUGUGUUUUUAGUUUUCAUUAGACAUUGUAUACAGUGAAAAGUGGUGUGUGUUUAAACGACUGGUGAAAUGAAUAGAAAUGAUUAAGUACACAAUUCCAAAAACAAAGAAGCCUUAAAAUUUAAGAAGAUGUAGACAAUUUUUACACAUUUCUAAGUGCUUUUUGUAAAUGUAUCCUACAGUAGUUUUACAAGGGCUAAGUACUGUAUUGCAAAGAAGAUUUUGUUUUAUACAUUUACAGUACAUAUACUGUACACAUUCAAAGGAUGUUUUUUUUAUUAUUAACUGGGUAUUUUAGCCAUGAAGAGAAUUGUUAGCAUUAAGUCCAGUCCUUUUAUGGAAUUUUGCUAUGGCGAAAUACAAACAUUGCUUUUUUAAAGGAUUUGUCAUAGCUACAUUCAUGAAAGAACAGACUGUUGGUUCGAACAGCAUGUUAGAUCCUAAAGUAGGUUACCCACUUGGCUUAAUCGCAUUAAAUAUUUAACUGCUCUCUUUAAAUAACAGAGCUUUAAAAUGGCCUUUAUCCACAAUUUAUUUGAUAACAAAUUUAAAUGUGAAAUGUGUUUUUUCUGAUCACUCUAACACGCCUGCCAUUUCUCAUAUUGUUUCAGAUCCAGAUAUCACAAUGUAUCAUCACAUAUAUCAGCAAUUGUAUUAUAAUCCAAACUGUUUCUAUAAAUUACAUUUGAAAAAUA